AGCUGGUGUGCGCCCCGUUAAAGCUUCCCCCUGAACACAAGAUAUCAGAAGAGGCGGCGGCGGACACACUAACGUCACUUUUCUAAAGGUUCACAUCCCAAGUCCAACUGCUCCACUCCCCCGUUCUUUGUCGACUCUCUCUCUCUCUCUCUCUCUCUCUCUCUCUCUGCUUCAGAGAUGCCUCGCAUUGAGAACGACAUCAAGCUGGACUUCAAGGAUGUGCUCCUCCGUCCGAAGAGAAGCACGCUCAAGUCCCGGAGCGAGGUGGACCUGGUGAGGAGCUUCUCCUUCAGGAACUCCAAGGGCAGCUACAGAGGGAUCCCCAUCAUCGCUGCCAACAUGGACACUGUGGGGACCUUUGAGAUGGCCCUAGCCCUGCACCAGUUCACUCUCUUCACCACGGUUCACAAACACUACUCGGUGGACGACUGGGUGGAGUUUGCAGCGAAGCACCCCGAGUGUGUGGAGAGUGUGGCAGUCAGCUCAGGGACCGGCGACGGCGACUUUGAGAGGAUCUCCGCCAUCGUGAAGGCCGUGCCCCAGCUGCGGUACAUCUGCGUCGACGUGGCGAACGGCUACUCCGAACACUUUGUCCACUUCGUCAAAGAAGUCCGGCAAAAGUUCCAGACACACACUAUAAUGGCAGGAAAUGUGGUGACUGGAGAAAUGGUGGAGGAGCUGAUCCUGGCCGGGGCCGACAUCAUCAAAGUAGGCAUCGGACCAGGCUCUGUUUGCACCACCCGCAAGAAGACAGGGGUGGGUUACCCCCAGCUUAGUGCUGUGAUAGAGUGUGCAGAUGCAGCCCACGGACUGGGCGGCCACAUAAUCUCUGACGGGGGAUGUACCUGUCCAGGAGAUGUCUCAAAGGCUUUUGGAGCCGGAGCAGACUUCGUGAUGCUGGGGGGAAUGCUGGCCGGACACUCUGAGAGUGGGGGCGAGGUCAUUGAGAAAAACGGCACGAAAUACAAGCUGUUCUAUGGAAUGAGCUCGGACACAGCGAUGAAGAAGCAUGCGGGUGGUGUGGCCGAGUACAGGGCGUCCGAGGGGAAGACGGUGGAAGUUGCUUACAAAGGUCCGGUGGACGUGACGAUACGAGACAUCCUGGGCGGGGUUCGCUCCACCUGCACCUACGUCGGGGCGGGCAAGCUGAAGGAGCUGAGCCGCAGGACCACCUUCAUCAGGGUGACCCAGCAGCUCAACACUGUCUUUGGCAACUCCUGAAGUUCCAGUUCCAUCCUGCGUCAGAUCGAUGGAUAGGUCUGCAUCACUGCCAGUCUGUGACAUAUUUAUAAUUAAAUAUUCCCCUCCUUAUCCUUUUUUACACAUAAAUCAAAGUUGUUUUUUGUUUAAUGAAACUUUAGUAUCUUAGGCACACAGACUCUGACCUGCCUUAGACUCCGAAUUUUAAAGCCUAUGUAACUUGUACUUUUACUAGCAACAGCACCCUCUGCAGCCAUAUGUGGUGAAUCAUUCUGUCUUCUCACAGCCCAUCUGAUUGUCUAAUUAGCCUUUUGGGGUAACGGCCAAUAGUUUGAGGCUUUUUGUGUAGACAGUUUAUUAGUCAGCGGUAUUUAUUGUAGGAGUUUUUUUGUCUAGCCGCCAUUUUGGACAAUCUCUUUUAAUAGCUUUCUGCAUGUGAAUGCAGAUAAAUUAAAAAUGUGAUUGGCCGAUGCUUUCCGGUCAACGUGUUGUGCCUUUAUCAUUCCUCAAGCAGAAGAGCUGCUGCUGUAACAAAUCCACUGAACUCUGCAUAGAAUUCUUCAUAUUUCCAAAGUUUCCUGGUUACAUAGAGCAAGAGCAGAUGUGUGGGGAAUGAAGCUGCUGUUUGAACAUAAAAAAGUUGCUUAGUGCGCCUUACAUUUUUUUUUAAAAGCCACAGAGCUUCCAGGUGACAUCGUUGUCUCUCCACAGUGAGAUGCAAGCCAGAGCAGUAACUCCUCAGCUCUGUACAUGUCCACUGUCUCAUCAUUCCAAUGCAAGGUCCUCACAAGUACUCACAAAUAUGCAAAUUUGUUUUUGUCCAUAAACAGCUUGUAAAGUUACAGCAAAUGUCAUAAAUUAAAUAUGAGGGCUAAACAUUAACGAGUAUAAUUGUCAGACAGCUCUGUUUUUAAAAGACCCAGACAUUCCGUCACUCAUUGUGUUUUGCACUUUAAUGAUUUGAGCUUUGAUUUGUUUUCCCUGAUCGCCUCAUUUUAUUUUUGUCACAUUGGUGUGAAAAUUAUUAUCUUAUGUUGCCAAAACAUGUGAUUUGAAUGAAGUUUUAAAUUGUAUUUCCCCCCCCCCCCUCAACGUUUUAUCCAGUCAAUAAAAAAAAGAAUGUCCACAUCA